GACAGGAUUUUCCAUUCACAAUCAGUGAAUUUUCGAAGCAGACAUCUCGUGAUCCGGGUCACACUGGAGUGACCUUUCCAGUUCCCAGUUUUCUUGCAGUCCAGUUUGCUGGUCAACGGGGAGUUGUUGGUUGUGUGGACACUCCGUGCUAGUGUAAUAAUCAUCAUGGCGAAAACAUAAACCAAUAGUGCUCAGUGAAGUUUGUUUUUAUGGAAGGAAAGCAGUGAAGUUUUAUUAGCUAAGUAUUUGAGGCAUUUGAGACAAUCAUAGUGAAGCAAUCUCCAAUCGAACAGCAUCAGUAAAUAAUUGGACUACAUCCCGUCGAGAAAAACGAAACCAGCUUGAGAAAGGAGUCUACUAGUGUAGCGCAAAAAAAAACCUGCCCACGGCCCCAGGAUGGCGCUGUUAGUCGUCUAUAGUUCAUUCAUUUUGUUCGUGGGAGUGGUUCUAGCUUCGCAACACUCGCCCUACUCCUUGCAGGCCGCUGUGGAUGCGCUCCACCGACGCGAGGCUCAACUAGCUCUCCGAGAUGAAACGAGUGGGGAUCAGCUGGAGGACGAUGGAUACUGGAUGGAGCCAUCUGAUGAUCAACCAACAUAUCGACCCAAUCGGCAACGGAUGAAUAAAAUUCUGGCUAACUAUCUGCGACGGGACGAAGAGCAAGAAGAGGGCUCCUAUGACCCGUACGAUUUGGAGGCUCGGAAGCGAUCGAUUUUCCGUGAAAGAGAUGCCAUGGGUGAACUGCCCUCGUAUCCGACCGCAUUCAGAGAGCGACAAAUAGAGAAACCCUACCAGCGUCCGGACUUAUCGUCCGACUUCCUGAAGGAAAUAGACCACCAGGCAAAUCUCGAACGAGAGGAAAAAUAUGUGGGUCGGCUGCGCCAACUCUGGGACAAAUAUCAGCAGGAGGAAAACGAGAUUGAGCAGGAGCUUUUCGACGAAGACCACCCCGGCGACACCGGAAACCCACUAUAUUACGAGAAACGCCAGGGUUUCCCGCUGUCAUCCGAUUCGGAAGCGACAGCCAUCUACUACGGACCACCGAUGGAGGAAAAGAAACGCACGAUGCCAAUACUACCGUGGUUGCCAGCAUCCCGCAAGAAGCGAUUCCCGGUAAUCAAGCGGUCGCCCAAACCGGAACCGAUCGCAGCAGCCGAAACGGACGAGAAAGUCGCCAAAGAUCUGCAGGCUCUGUUUGGAUCACCCGAGGAAAAGAAAAAGCGAUCCAGCGGGCCGGAAGUAGAAAAGAAACAGACCAAAGCUAACGAAACUAAAUCGCACGAGAAGCGAGACGCCAGUGGGGAACACGAUCAUGACGGAGAGCACGAGGAGCGUAGUUCGGAGGAGGGACACGAUGAAGAUGAGCAUGACCAUGAGCAUGAACAGGAGCAUGAUCAUGAACAUGACCACGAGCACACGGAAUCCAGCGAGGAAUUCGAGGGAGAAGACGAGGACAAGAAGAAACGUUCCAUUAGAAAGCGAUCGAACCUCGAAGUGGUGAAGGAGGAUCAAAUCAUUCCGGGAGAUAUUGGGGAAUUCCAGGCGAAGAAAUCAAUUCAGUGGAACAAGUACUUCGGAAUGGAUCGGAGGAAAAAAAGAAGCUGGGGUUACGCGCCGCAUGCAAUGAGUUCAUACAAGUCGUACGAUGAUGAGCGUCGGAAGAAGAGUCUGAACCAGGAGAAGCUUGAGAACAUGGAUCGGAAGCUGAAGACGAUCGAGGAUCUGAUUUUGGAUCAGACUGUAAAGUACACCGGGGACCAUGAAGAAGGACUAAUUGAACCGAGUGAGUUACAGAAGCUGAAGGACAAAGUUGUUUCACGUCUUGCGACUGCUUAUAGCAUCGAAAAGAUGCGCCGGACUUUAGACAAACUCAAAGAAUCCGUCGAUGACGAAUCAGAUCCGCUAAAGGAGAAUGAAAUCAAUGACGAUGUACGAGGUGACAUGAAAGACAAAGCCAAACGGGUUGCGGUGAAGAAGGAAAAGGCCGAAUAUGACCACAGCCAACACUCGCUGGAACCGGUCGAGAAGGCUAAGCACGACCCAACUGAGAACGACCUGGACGAAUUAGACGAGGAUAAGAAGAAGAAAAAGAAGAAGCGCAUGAGUAAGCGGUAUCAGGAGAUUCUACGUAAUGACGUUCCCGAUUUCGAGGAGGAACUUGGCGCUGGUCACUAUGCACCUUCAGGCGAAAAUCUCGAACGAAACAUAGCGCUUGAAUUAAACGAAUGCCCUCUAUUGGAUGCUCUGGAACGCAGGUGCCGAGGAGUAGACGUACUGAGCGGGGAUAUCUAUCAAGAUUUGCUACCGGCUUGUGGUGCUCAUCAGUUGUGUUAUCUUUGCGGAACAACCCAGACCGUAUGUGACUUCCAGUACCUAGCCGAAACGGAUACCAUCUGCGAGGGUCAGACGAAUUGUCAGGCAACGGCUCGAUCGGCCUUGAUGAUUCUACGUGGUUUCCCUGGUCCCACGCUGGGUCCUCGAGAGUGUGCGAAGAAUCCUUGCCUCUACCGGGCGAUGCUGGAGGUCGCAGUUACUGGAUUGUAAACAAAUGAACACACCACAUGGAGUUCUAAUACUCCAAGGGGGUAAAUAGCUGAAAAUUUGUUUGCAUUUCAACUUAUGUUGUUUCCAAAGAUCUUCGAUACAAUCGUGUUGAUGUAGAGUAACUUAAAAGACAGUAGCCCGAAGAUAUGUUGACAGGUACCAAUUUCCUUCCUAACCCGACCAGAACUGCAGUGUUGGAAUAGUAUUUUGAACAACAACUCUAAUGUGUAUGUGUGUAUGUAAAAUAUUGAAUCACCAGCCAAAACAAAAACAAGAAAUGUAAUUUACAUUGAUAUCAGUAUAUGGAAGCUUAUCCUCAAGCGCAUGCUAUAAUUCAUGGGAUUGAUUUACCCGUAAAUGCACUGUUAGUGAUGAGAUUAUUUGUUGUUUAGCAUUUAACUUCAAAGGAGUAACUUAUUUUUUAUACACAAUACUUCGUAUUGAAAUGUUAUAUACAUCUAUGGUAAUAUAUUUAAAAAAACACGAAAACAAAACUGAACAUAAGUACUAUUUUUAUCUACUGUAAAACAUUUCAACCUGUUUUAAUGGAGUAGGUGUAACUUAUCGCUGUACUAACCUGUAUUAACACAUAAGCGUUAAACACACCGCCGUCAGUGCAAAUGAAAUAAAACACAAAAAAGUUAAGCUAAUUCCAUGCCAUCUACAAACCAUUUUCUCUGAAUGACGAAUAAUAUACACGAAUAGAAGAAUCAGACAAUAAAUUCAAAACUAGACAACGCUGGUAAGAGCAACAACAGGAAAACUAAACGAAAUGUGGGCAGCUAAUUCGAAAGGAGCGAAUAAAAUAACAUGUUCUUUAAGACUUUGUUAGAACCAGCUAAAAAUUUUGAGUGCUUAAUGCAUGUGAAUUUCAACAGAUGUGACACAAAAUGUAUCAUCACUUUGUCGCGCAACUUUUAAAGUAUUUGUGAAACAAGAAUCAUGUGUUAGGACUAGCGAAAAGCAACGACACUUGGGUUAUAGGUAUGACUAACAAAAAAAAAGCAAGUACAGAUAACUAGUGAAACGAAUCUCUAUAUAUACAUAUAUACAAAUACAAAGAUACCAAAAAGUCUAAGUAUAAUGAAAAAAUAAAAUCAGUAUUUGUUAAAAAUAAAGUCACUAUAAAUGGAA